UUCAAAAAGAAAGCAGGCUGCUGCGUUUGGGGAUUUUAUUUUGGGGAAGGGGGGGUGGAUAUCAUUGCAUUACUGCUCGCGGUGUUUUCUGAGUCGGAUUUGUCGGGGGCACUGCUCGUUCCUGGAGCCCGUGUCCCAGUCGCUGCUACAUUUCUCCGAAUUCAAGAUGCCCCUGACUGCUUCAGCCACUCUCCUGGGCAAAAGCUACAACUACGACUAUGACUACGACUCCUUCCAGCCGGUUUUCUACGACGAGGAGGAGAAUUUUUACCAGCAGCAGCUGCCGGCUCCGAGUGAGGACAUCUGGAAGAAAUUCGAGCUGCUACCCACCCCUCCCCUGUCCCCCAGCCGGAGACCCAGCUUCAGCCUGCCGCCCAGCUUCUACCCUUCCAACGCCGACCAGCUGGAGAUGGUCACCGAGUUCCUGGGCGACGACCUGGUCAACCAGAGCUUCAUCUGCGACUCGGACUCCGAGUCGGUGCUCAAGUCCAUCAUCAUCCAGGAUUGCAUGUGGAGCGGCUUCUCGGCGGCCGCCAAGCUGGAGAAGGUGGUGAGCGAGCGGCUGGCAUCGCUGCAAGCGGCCAGGAAGGAGCCGGCCGGCCUCUGCGCCUCCUCCACCCCUUCUUCCUCCUCUUCUCCCCCAGCCCCCCUGCUCUCCUCCUCCUCCUCCUCGUCCUCCGCCUCCUGCAGUUCCUCCUCCUCCUCCUCCCCCCCCCACUACUCUUCCACCUCCGCCGGCAGCGGUGUCGUCGUCGUCUUACCUUCCUCGCCUGCCCCGGCCGUCGUCGCCGCCACUGCUGCACCGGUCCACCUGGGCAUUGGGCUGGGCGCCGCUUCCAGCACCUACCUGCACGACCUCAACACCUCGGCCACCGACUGCAUCGACCCCUCGGUGGUCUUCCCCUACCCAUUCACCGAGCACAAAGCGCCGGGAGCCAGCAGCCCCCCCGCCGCAGAAACGCCGAGUGACUCCGAAGAGGAACAAGAGGAUGAUGAGGAAGACGAUGAUUAUGAGGAGGAGGAGGAGGAGGACGACGAAGAGAUUGAUGUGGUGACGGUGGAGAAGAGGCAGCCCUCCGCCCGGAGAGCGGAGUUCAACACAAACACAGCCGGCAUUGCCAGGCCCCAGCACAGCCCCCUGGUCCUCAAGCGGUGCCAUGUCCCCAUCCACCAGCACAAUUACGCAGCACCCUCGCCGCAGCCCCCUGCCAAGCGCCUCAAGGUGGAGAGCAGCCGCGUCCUCAAGCAGAUCAGCAUCAACAGCAAAGGCAAAUGCCCGAGCCCGAGGACAUCGGACUCUGAGGAGAAUGACAAGAGGAGGACGCACAACGUGCUGGAGCGCCAGAGGAGGAACGAGCUGAAACUGAGCUUUUUCGCUUUAAGAGAUCAGAUCCCGGAGGUGGCAAUGAAUGACAAAGCGGCCAAAGUGGUCAUACUCAAAAAGGCAACAGAACACAUAUUGUCAAUCCAGUCAAACGAACAGAGACUGAUAUCAGAGAAGGAACAAUUGAGGAGAAAGCGAGAACAACUGAAACACAGGCUUGAACAGCUGAGGAACUCUAGCAGGCAGAAAUAUUAAAAAAACCUUUCCAUUUUUUUGUUGUUGGUUUUAGACUGCCUAAGGGCAUCUGCUGUUGUAACUUCUUUACAGGACAUUUCCAGUGCAUACAAAAACAAAUAUGCUGAACUCUUCCUCUUGCAUGCUAAUGCAACAUUUACAUCAUAGACUGAAACUACACAACCAUGGCCAGCCUCUUCUUUGUGGUAACACUUUGAUUUUUGGCCAGAAAUAUGUGAUACUGCCUCAUUAUAAGCAAAGACUUUUAGAAAAUGGGAAAACGGGACAUCCACACUUUUUCUCUGGCAGGGUGGAUUUGCCAUGUAUUAGUUUCACCAAAUGUUUAACUUUUAAUUUACAGAUAUAUUUGUAUUUAAUGCAUUUAUUUUUCUUAAAAAAACGCAAAAUCUUGUGGUUGACUAUUACCAGGUCUAAAUAGUUUGAAAUUUAAAACUUUUUGUUUUAUGGAUUACCCUUUUGUAAAGAAAUUUGUACAGUUAAUAAAUUAGUAGAAAAUGUAUUUACUGUUUUUAUGUAAUAUCACUUGCUAACCAGUUACAAACUGGAAACUUUGGUUUGUUUGCACCAUUUCUCAGUUAGCAUGUGAAUUGUGCCAUAAAAAAAACUUUCAUCUAA